UUGCGUCUGCGCGGGAGGCGGGCGGGGUGCGGUUCGCUGCACGCGCUCAAAGGAGGCGGCGAGUGGGCCGCGGCCCUGCAGUCAGCGGAGCGCCCGGCCCGGCAGCGAUGGAGGCGAUGCGGCUCUGCGCGCUCUGGCUGCCCGGCCUGACCCUCAUCCGCCCGGGGUCGGGAACGGGCCCGGGAGACCCGGCUGUACCGGCAUGUUCUAAUUUCUCCUUCAAGUCCUGUGAAGAAUGUCUAAAAAAUGUUUCAUGCCUUUGGUGUAAUAGAAAAAACACUUGUAUGGACUAUCCUGUGAGAAGUAUUCUUCCAUCAUCUUCACUGUGUUCACUCUACGAUGCUCGAUGGGGUGUUUGCUGGAUGAACUUUGAAGCCUUCAUCAUUGCCAUAGCUGUAAUAGGAGGACUCAUCCUGCUGUCCAUUGCUGUCUGUUGCUGUUACUGCUGCUACUGCAGAAGGCGUUCUAGGGGUAUACCAGAUGAAGAGGAAGAAAGGCUUGCCAGAGAUCGAGAGGAGAGACGAAUGCAAUCUCUUCAGCGGAAACAUGAAAGAAAAAUGAAACAGGAUGAGAUACGCAAGAAAUAUGGAUAUAUCCAUAAUUUACUCCCCUGCUUGAAUUGCCAAGGAUAUACUAUAGCAGUGUACAUUAUUCUACUGAUAGAUUUUACAUAUAAUCAGGUCUCCUUCAGGAUUCUGAUCAUCCUUACAGUAGAUUUGAGAAUGAAUGAAAACAGACACUGUUGAAUCUCCUCAUCGAAAGCUAAGAUUCCAGGAUAAAUUAGCACUUUUAUUUUGCUUUUCAGCAGUCUUCAGACUUUUUUUUUUUGCAGGUUUUCAGACAGUAAAAAUAAAUGCACAAAUAUUUACUAAAAUAUACAUAUUUUAAAUCUGGCAUAUUUACCUUUUAGAACUACAUUUUUAUAAACACUUUUGGUUUUUGAAAUGUUUGCCAAUUGUGCUCUCAUUAAAUGUGAAAUGUCACCUUUCCUCUUCUAAUAAAUCUUUUCUUUGGAAUCUAGUUUAAAUAGUUAGCUUCCUAAUCAUGUAUUUGAACUAAUAUCUUAGCUCACUUUUCUCUUAAAAAAAAAAAUAAACAAAAUUCCUCUAUUCCCAUUUUCCUAAAUAUUUUCUUUCUAAAUCUGUUGUAUGCAUAUAAGUGGUGGCACAAGUAAAGGAAGUGCUUGACACUGCAGAAAUAUGGUAUUAGUGUUGAUGUGAAAUAAUUACAGUAUACAAAUUCUUUAUUAUCCAAAUAGUAUGUAUAGUAUUUUAAAGAUGCAAAAUGUGAUUUUUUUUGGGGGGGAGGGGCGCAUAGCAUAAUCUGCUAUAAUAUCCUGUAAUAUACGAACAUUUUUAUGUCCUUGGUGUGAAGAAAAAACGGGCACAAUCUUUUUUUGAAAUUCAUGCAAAAUCUGAAUAUACAUUUGAAUAUAAGGUGGAGAGGUAAUAUCAGGCUGUUUAAAACACUGUCUUCCAUGAACAGUUCUCUAAAUUAAAAAUACUGCAUAAUUCCAAGAUAGCAUCAGUUUAACAGUAUAAUGAUUUCAUAUUUUUUACCUUUGAGUUUUUUGUGGGAAAUGUUCAUAAUGUAUUGAGUUCUGUCAUCUUCCUGGAUUGGUGGAUUUUCAUUUUUUUUAACUCUUUACACACAAAUAUCUUCAUUGAGCAUUUUAAAUAACUUGCUGACAUGAUGCAGAAUGCAGAGGUUCAUUCUUUUUUCCUCUUUCAUAUUUAAUGUAAAUUUCCAAUUCUAUAUAGUUGGAAUUUACUGUGUACUAUCUUCUGAUGAAUAAAUUUACAGUACUGAA